AUGAAGUCUUACAUUCCAGUUCUCAUUCUUCUGUGGAGCGCUGUUGGGAUUGCAAGGGCUGCCAAAAUUGUUGUUGUGCCGCCAAUUAUGUUUGAAAGCCAUCUCUAUAUUUUCAAGACCGUGGCCUCUGCCUUGCAUGAGCAAGGCCACCAGACAGUUUUCCUCCUGUCUGAGGGCAGAGAAAUCCCUCCAUCUAAUCACUAUAGACUGCUCCGUUACCCGGGGAUCUUUAAUAGCACCACCUCAGAUGAGUAUCUUCAAUCCAAAAUGAGGAAUAUCUUUUCUGGGAGACAAACAAUUCUGGAACUGUUUGACAUACUGGAUCACUAUUCCAAGAACUGUGACAUGAUUGUGGGCAACAAGAAGUUCAUCCAUACCAUGAAACAGGAGAAAUUUGACCUGCUGCUAGUGGAUUCGAAUGAGAUGUGUGGAUUUGUUAUUGCUCACCUAUUAAGGGUUAAAUAUGCUGUUUUUUCCACUGGCCUAUGGUACCCAGCAGAAGUAGGUGCUCCAGCACCUUUAGCAUAUGUUCCAGAAUUCAAUUCACUUCUCACAGAUCACAUGAAUUUGCUAGAGAGGAUUAAGAACUCUGUUGUUUAUCUGGUUUCAAGAUUUGGAGUUCAUUUUUUGGUUCUGCCAACAUUUGACAGGAUAAUGCAGAAGCACAAUGUUCAGCCACAAAGGUCCAUGAAUGAAUUGGUGCAUGAAUCCAGCCUGUGGAUGCUGUGUACUGAUGUAGCAUUAGAGUUUCCAAGACCCACGCUACCAAACGUUGUAUAUGUGGGAGGAAUCCUUACCAAACCAGCCAGUCCUCUACCAGAAGAUCUCCAAACAUGGGUGGAUGGUGCUAAUGAAAAUGGCUUUGUACUUGUUUCGUUUGGAGCAGGAGUGAAAUAUUUGUCUGACGAUAUAUCUUAUAAAUUGGCACAUGCUCUGGCAAGACUUCCUCAAAGAGUUAUUUGGAGGUUUUCAGGAAAUAAACCUAGGAAUUUAGGCAACAAUACAAAACUCAUAGAAUGGUUACCACAAAACGACUUGCUUGGUCACUCUAAUAUUAAGGCCUUUCUUAGUCAUGGUGGUCUGAACGGCAUUUUUGAAACUAUGUACCAUGGUGUACCUGUGGUAGGAAUUCCUCUCUUUGGAGAUCAUUAUGACACUAUGACCCGCGUUCAGUCCAAAGGCAUGGGGAUAUUACUAAACUGGAAGACUAUUACCGAGGAUGAUUUAUACAAUGCUUUGGUGGAAGUUAUUAAUAAUCCCAGCUACCGACAACAGGCUCAGAAGCUGUCUGAAAUUCAUAAAGACCAGCCUGGUCAUCCUGUUGAGAGAACAGUCUACUGGAUUAAUUAUAUCCUUCGGCACAAUGGAGCGCAACAUCUACGUGCUGCUGUUUACAACAUUUCUUUAUAUCAGUAUUUCUUAUUGGACGUUGCCCUUGUUGUACUGCUUGGUACUGCCUUACUCUGCUACGUUUUGGCAAGGAUGGCAAAAUUUGUCCGCAAGCAGAGCAAACAUCUUUGGUCUGUUGAUGAACACACUGCUGUUAAUGGACAUUACCAAAAUGGGAUACCGAAUGGCAAGUAUAGAAGAAAUGGCCACAUUAAACAUGAAAAAAAGGUGAAAUGAGCCAACUACCCCAUUGUACAUUAGCAGUGAAUCAAUUCUAGAAUUAAAUUUUAUAGCUGUAACUUAGUUUAACAUCUACUUAAAGUAAAACCUCAAUAAACAGUUCUAACGCUCCCCUACAGUAUGUAAUCUUAUGCGAUUAAAUUCUGCAGAACUAAGGAAAAUCUUUUUAAAAAACCAAAAAGCACAACCUAAAAUGCAAAAUGUAUUUUAUUCUUAAUACUGAUGCA